UUUUAUAUUGUUUCCUCUUCCCCUCCCCUCUUCCUCUUCCCCCGCCUCCCCCUUUUUCUACUCAUUUUCCACCCUUUCUUUCGUUGGAUUCUUGUUUAUCCCAUGUCGGGUUUGUAUAAUCCCAACUUCUCUCCAGCAAGAGCUGUCUCUCCACUGAUUAGAAGUAACGCAGAUGUCGACAGUCAAUACUUGACUGAAUUAUUGGAGGAGCAUCAGAAGCUCCAGCCUUUUAUGCAAGUUCUUCCCAUAUGCAGCAGGCUCUUAAAUCAAGAGAUUGUGAGGGUUUCAAGUAUGCUGCCAAAUCAAGGGUUUAAUGAGCUUGAUAGACUACGCCAUAGAAGUCCAAGUCCCAUGGCAUCUUCAAAUCUUAUGUCAAAUGUUCCUGGGAGUAGGAUUAGUGGCUGGAAUGGUCUUCCACCAGAGAGGUUAAGUGGGCCACCUGGAACAACAAUGGACUGGCAAGGAGCUCCAGCAAGUCCAAGUGCAUACACUGUGAAAAGAAUUUUGCGGUUAGAGAUACCAGUUGAUACCUAUCCAAAUUUUAACUUUGUUGGAAGGCUUCUCGGACCCAGAGGCAAUUCGCUAAAACGGGUAGAAGGUACAACGGGUUGUCGGGUUUAUAUAAGAGGAAAAGGGUCAAUCAAGGACCCCGAACAGGAAGAGAAGCUAAGGGGAAGACCAGGGCUCAGACAAGCUCAAGAAAUAAUCGAAGAAUUACUCAAACCUGUGGAUGAAUCCCAAGAUUAUAUAAAAAGACAACAAUUACGGGAGCUAGCAAUGCUCAACUCCAAUUUCCGGGAAGAUAGUCCGGGACCCAGUGGGAGCGUGUCCCCAUUCAACACAAGCAGUGGCAUGAAACGUGCAAAAACCGGCCGCUAAAACACAUGAAUUUGAUGAAACGGUGGAAACAGUUGAAAUUGAAAGCAGAUGAAACCGGUGAGGCGGUUGGUUUUUGGAAUUAUCAUCAUCAUCAUCAUCAUCAUCAUCAUCAUAUAUAAUUGUACACACACACACUACUUGCUCUCCAAGAUUCAUGUUCGGUAUGCUAUGCAUCUUCCUAUAUGUUUCAUGGCUUUUGGAAACACAAAAUACCAAAGUAUAGGCUGUCGGGCGAAUUUAUUUUUUGUUUUUUUCGAAAUUUUUUUUUUUAAAUUUUAAAAAAUUGAAUGAUGGAUAUAGCGACCAAGUACAAAGCGGAAAAAGUUAAAAAGUUGGG